CCACAACCUCAGCUCCAACGCCAUCGUCUCCCACGACGUCCACCUGCCCGCUUCAGCUCUCCAGCUGCUCGCUUGCUGGACUGCCAGCUCUUCAUCGCCUCGCCAGUGAAUACCCAGGCGCACAGGGCAAUACGAAACAACUUGGGCACGUCCUUCACAUAUCGGCGACAACACCUCGGCAGCACAGCCAGAUCCCCAUGCAGCGAAGCUGACUCGCCCAAGUCAUGGCAGAUGACUUCAGCGCGUCGGGCGCCUCGCCCACGGUUCGGAUGAGUGGCCGCGACUCCUUUCCCGAGCCCUCAUUGCGCCGAGCUGCCACUGUCAACUUUGGAUCACAGCCCCAUCCCCCACACGCACAGUCCGGGGCCACCGGCUUUGGUGGUAUGAAGCGCCGAGGCUCGGGCUUCUCAGAUAGCUUUGGCGAAGCUCGCAGAGACCUGGAGAACAGUGCCGACGAGCUUUUCAACCCAACCCGGGCAAGGAGGCAAGAAAAUGCCGACCGAACAGCACUUUCAUAUACUCCCCUGGCCCUCGCGCUGCUCCCUGCCUUGGCGGGCAUGUUCUUCCAGAACGGCGCUGCCUUCUUCACAGAUUUGAUUCUCCUGGCAAUUGCUGCAGUUGUCCUGAACUGGUCGGUGACGCAGCCCUGGGACUGGUACUUCGCCGCACAGCAGGUUCGGAUCGCCAACGAUGAGCCGCUGAACGAGCCGGUGUUCGAAUCCGAUAGUGACCUGGAAAUGUCGACUGCCGCAUCUGCAGCCACUGCCCUGGAGAAUGUAGAGGAAGAAUCAGACGUUCCUUUGGACGCCACGCAUGACACGGCUCAAAAGAACAGCACAAACCUGGACACGGCCGGUUCCGGGCGGAGAUCUCGUGGAGACAUUUUGCGAGCGGCAAGAAGGGAUGCCGCAUCGAAAGAGCUUUUUGUUCACGAAAUGGCCGCGCUUGUGUGGUGCUUCCUGUUCCCCCUGAUCAGUACUUAUAUGCUGCACACGAUUCGAAACCAGCUUACACGGCCAUCGGAGGGGCUUGUGUCGGACUACAACCUCACGAUUUUCUUGUGUGCUGCCGAGUUCCGGCCUGUCAAGCACAUGCUGAAGAUGGUACAUGACCGCACUCUACGCGUGCAGCGUGUAGUUGCACAAAGUCAGUACGAGCCUGAACAGACGAUCAGCGCCCAGCAAGUGCAAGAGUUGUUUGAUCGAAUAGACGACCUGGAGUCCCACGCGGCAGCAAUAGCCUCGCAGCCGCCUACGCAGUCAAAACCAAACGGCAGUACACUUAAUGGCGAACCAAGCACUCAAGUCACUCAGGCCGCUGUUGCCCGCGAGAUCAACAAGACCAUGGUGCCCGAACUGGAGGCCCUCAACCGCGCGAUGCGCCGGUACGAGAAGAAGCUUGCCCUGCUGGCGAGCCAGACAGACAAUAGGCUCGAGUACAUCGACUUCCGGCUGCAAGACGCGAUAGCUCUUGCAGCAGUCGCCGCGAAGAACAGCAAGAGCAACAGUGGAGGCCUGUGGAGUCGGGUCGUGGAAAAGGCAAUUGCAGUGGCGCUUUUCCCAGUCCACGCAGCCAUGGCUGUCGUGACCUUUCCCAUUCGGACGAUGUCGACCAUGUUUGCAAGGAAGAGAAAUCUACCCACUACAACAAGCGGUCGAAGGGGGCGGGUGAACCAGGGCAGGAUGAACUCUGACCGCGUGCCAUCACGUUUGUCAAGGCGCUGAAACAUUAUGAGGCAGUUUCGUAGUCUGGCUUAUUGUGCUGGGAUAUGUGGAACUGGACGAACAACAAAAUUGUUUGGUAUAUAGUAAUGUUAACGAUUAGUAGUUAAUGUAAAUGGCACCGCACACUCAUGAUG